CCCCAAAGAUACAAAAAUGAAGUAAAAGAAAUGAAAGGUUCCUAGAAUUGACAAUCUCUACGAGCCUAGCAAACAAAAAGGAAAUCCCACCAUGACCUGGUACAUCGAUCGUGACCAGAUUACAUAUUAUUAGGACCAUUAUUGCACUCCUUUCCCAGAAUUCUGCCGUUGCAUCACUAUUUGCGAGUUAUUAGGAUAUGGUCCCUGAAGAAUCCUCAAAUUUCGUUUUUAGGACCUGCGAGUUCCUCUAUAUAAGGAGUUAUUGCCUUCAGUUCUGAUCACAACCUCUGCUCCUUCGAGAAAACUUGAAUUUCUACCUUCUCCGACCUCCAAUCGUGACAAUUAAGCCACCAUCGUGCUUCUGGAAACGAUACGAAGCCACCACUGUUCUCCUCUUGUCUCCGGCGAACAUCACCGCCGCUGCCUCGUCUUCUCCGGCAAGCUGCCUGCCGGAGUUGCCAGACAAUUCCCAGAAACACGAUUUUUGGGAGGAGAAAAUGCCUAACCAACCACCGGCACCGGCCGCAUCAUCGGGGUCGUUAAAAGACUGGUGCCGCCUCCUCUUCGUGCUAUUAUCAUUCCUCGCACUUCUUCCGCUGAUAGGGGUGCUCUCCAUCAUCCUGGUGGGGCCCUUGAAGCCAAAGUUUGAUCUCCAGUCAGGUGAGGUUCAGUACCUCAACAUUGCCGCCGACAACAUUACCGGAACCGCCGCCGCCUCCAUCACCCUCACAAUUCGCCUUGUCUUCAUAGCCGAUAACCCAAACAAGAUGGAGAUGAAGUACGGCGAGUCCAGGUUCGCCGUCCUAUACAAUGAUAUCCCACUUGGAAAUGGCUCCAUUCCAGGGUUCUUCCAAGGAGGUCACAGCGCGAAACAAGUGGUCGCCACCAUCUUCGUCGACGGCAUGAGGUUGCUUCAGGAUGACGCCACUGGUUUGAUCAACUCUUCACUUAACGACCAGGUCUACUUUCAGGUCUUGGUAGAUGUCAAUGCUACGACCCGGGUCAAGAAUUUGUAUUCUCCUGGUGUUAGGGUCUCUGUGGAGUGUGAUAUAAUGAUCCGUCCAAGAGAGCAAACUCUCACUUCCAAGCCGUGUGAAGAUGUUUAAUGGAGAUAUUAUAAUGGGGAGAGUCAGUCAAAGGAUAUGAUGCUGUUACGGUCAAAUGAUUCUGAUUUGGUUCUGUUAGGAUCUGUUUCAAAUCCUUAACAACUAGUGUAUUGUUGUGAUACGUACAUGAUUUCAAGUUCCAUGAGCCUGUAAUAACUGUCCAUGAGCCUCCAUCUAAAGUGAGGAAAGUGAGAUUAACAUCUUAACUUGUGUUAGAAGCUAAAUUCAUAUUAGAGAUUUCAAGUUCCUGAUCAGUGUGUUUAUAUGUAUGUAUAUAUGAUCUUCGUCACUCUAGCAUGGUUUCAAGCUUUUUUUGGUUACUCAGAAAUUUGUAGAAGAAACAUUGUAUAUGACAUAUAUUAGAG